AGCUGAAACAAUAAGAAAAUUGAUUAGUUAAGUUAAAUAAAACUUUAGAUUUCAAAAUUUCAAGUAUUGAAAUACUAAACAAAACUUGUCAGAAAUUUGUGACAAGUCACUUUUAUAUUUCAAGUCUCAGUCUUGAUUCAGUAGAAGUAAAAAAUGAAAUGACACUGAACUAUUGAAGAGGAGACAUAUCACCUAGAAUCUGCGCAAUACAAUAUGUCUUUUGUAUCAUUAACUAUUUAUAAUCAGCCGACGUUUAAUUUUUUCCUCCGUUAUUACAACUGCCUCUAAUCAUACACAACGUAAUUUCACCAUUUCUAUGAUAAAGAAUUCUCUUUAUUUUAAUACAUUUUGAAAUAAAAAUUGGCAGGAAAACUUAAAAUGUCAUUUCACCCACUACUUAGUUUAAUGAAAGGAAAAGAAUACGCGGAAGUAUAUAUGACUUAAAAUUUACAGUUUCUUAGAAGUUAAAACUUCUUUGAUCUGAAAUAGCUUUCAUCUUUUGUAAAAGUCUCGGUACUUCUGAAUAGUCAUUAUUCUAUCGCGUACUAUUGAAAUGGAAAAGAAGACUAUAAAUCACCACGCGUCGAUAAAACUUACGCGUCUCUGUAUGAAAGGAAUCGGUAUGUGGAAUAUCGAGAAACCGCGAGAUAAAAUUAUUUCAAAUAUCAUGAUAUGUUACACUAUCGCUACUUUAAUUUUUGGAUUAAUUGUCGAAACCACAGAUAUUUAUUACUGUUUAGGUAAUUUACGCGAAAUGUCUUAUGUUGCACCUUGUACAUUAAAUGUAAUUAUCGAAUUAUUUAUGAUGGCAAAAUUUAUGAUUAAUAGAAGUGAAGUUAUGGCUUUCAAUGCUUAUACAUUUCGUGAAUUUUGGAGUAUUCCUUACGUUGAUUCGGAACGUAAAAUAUUGGAUGAUUGUAAUAAAAAAAGUAUUAAAAUAAUUAUUGCUUACAUCAUCAUAAUACAAUUUCUUGUUUGGCAAUAUAUAACUAUUCCGAUAGUAGAAUCUUAUGGCAAAAAUGCAUCCGAAAGAACUUUACCUUAUAAUUUAUGGUUUACAUUUAUUCCAUUCAAAGAAACACCAUAUUACGAAAUAUGUUUUUUUUUACAAUCAGCUGCAACAUUAACUACUGGCGUUUGUGCAACGGCAUUUGCAACAUUUUUAUUUACAAUAAAUAUUUAUGUCACUGGACAAUUUAAAAUUUUACAACGACGAUUGGAAACGUCUUGUCAAGUUUACAAUAUUGAAAAAAUAAAAUCAGUGGAGCAAAUAAGUUUAAUAGCUGAAGAAUCUUAUGCUAAUCUUCGAAAGUGUGUUGAAUUACACAACGUACUGCUUCAAUACAUAACAAGAAUUGAAAAUCUUUAUUGUCAAAUAAUGUUGAUUCAAACACUGACCAGUAUUUUUCUCAUCUGUUUAACUGGGUUCCAAGUAGUUCUGGGAGUUGAUACUUCUAUUCUUCGUACAACGCGGAGUGCUGUUUAUUUUGUCGGUUUACUAAGUCAAUUACUUUUGUAUUCUUGGUCAUGUCAUGAAAUAAUUAUCGAAAGCUUAGAAGUCGCUGAAGCGGCUUAUCGGGCUUAUUGGUACAGUUUAUCUUGGUCGAAAUAUGGAAAAUCAUACAGACAAGCUUUGUUAAUUAUUAUUGCGAGAUCACGCAGACCAUGUAUUUUAACUGUCGGAAAAUUUGUUCCAAUGUCUCUUGAAACAUUUACUUCAGUUUUCAACUCGUCUUUAUCGUAUUUUACGAUUUUACGACAAAUGAAUGAAGAAAUAGAAAAUAACUUUCAUCUUUUGCAAAAGUCUCGGUACUUUUACAUAGUAAUUAUUCUAUCGCGUAUUACUGAAAUGGAAAAGAAAACUAUUAGUCACCACGCGUCGAUAAAAAUCACGCGUUUUUGUAUGAGCGGAAUCGGUAUGUGGCGCGUCGAGAAACCGCGAGAUAAAAUUAUUUCAAAUAUUGUGUUAUGUUACACGAUUGCUACCACAAUAAUUGCACUCAUUGUUGAAGGGUUCGAUAUUUACCACUGCUUUGGUGACUUACAUGCUAUUUCUUAUACCGCGCCUUGUACAAUUACGGUAGUCAUUGAAUUAUUUAAGCUGACAAAAUUUGUAAUUAACAGAAGUGAAGUUAUGGCUUUCAAUGAUUAUACAUUUCGUAAAUUUUGGAGUAUUCCUUACAUUGAUUCGGAACGUAAAAUAUUGGAUGAUUGUAAUAAAAAAAGUGUUAAAGCAAUCAUUGUUUUCAUCGUCAUAGUACAACUUGUUUGUUGGCAAUAUAUAACUAUUCCUAUAAUAGAAUCGUAUGGAAAAACUGCAUCCGAAAGAACUUUACCUUUCAAUUUAUGGUUUACAUUUAUUCCAUUCAAAGAAACACCUUAUUAUGAAAUAUUUUAUACUUUGCAAACAGCUGCAACAAUGAGUGUCUGUGGUUGUGCAACAGCAUUUGCAACAUUUUUAUUUACAAUAAAUAUUUAUCUUACUGGACAAUUUAAAAUUUUACAACGACGAUUGGAAACAGCUUGUCGAACAAAUUAUAAUGAAAAAGGAGAUUCAGUUAAAGAAUGUUAUACUAAUCUUCGAAAUAAUGUUAAAUUACAUAACGUACUGCUUAGUUACAUCGCAAGAGUUGAAAAGCUCUAUUGUCAAAUAAUGUUACUACAAACACUUGGUAGUGUCCUGACAAUUUGUUUUUCCGGAUUCCAAAUACUUCUAGGAGUUGAUAACUCUGUUCUCCGGACAAUGCUGAGUGUCGUUUUUUUCAGCGGUUCAAUAAGUCAAUUACUUUUGUAUUCUUGGUCAGGUCAUGAGAUAAUUAUCGAAAGUUUAGAAGUCGCUGAAGCGGCUUAUCGGGCUUAUUGGUACAGUUUAUCUUGGUCAAAAUAUGGAAAAUCAUACAGACAAGCCUUGUUAAUUAUUAUUGCGAGAUCUCGCAGACCAUGUAUUUUAACGGUCGGAAAAUUUGUUCCAAUGUCUCUUGAAACAUUCACUUCAGUUUUCAAUUCGUCUUUAACAUAUUUUACGCUUUUACGACAAAUGAAUGAAGAAAUAGAAAAUAAUUAAUUACCAAUAUACUCGGAAAUAAGAAAUUCAUUUUUUAUAAUUAUCUGUCAAUGUACAUAUAUAAUUAUUUGAAUAUUCUCUCAAGCAUGUGGAUAU